GAUUUUAUAGCUCUGUAAAAUGAAAAAAAUUCAAGUUUGGUCUCACCACCAUCGAAGCGAAUCAUUCAUGACGAAAUUUACAUGAGUGGAGAUGUCAUUUGUCGUCGACAAUCGAUGAAGAAAUUUCUAAGAGCAAGUCAUGUUUUGGUGCUAUCGCGGAAAAUGCAAAAUCAAUCACAACUAAUCAAUUAAUUCCAAAGCUUUUGAACUGUUAACAAGGACACAAGAAGUCAAUAUUUUCCGACAAAAAGCAAAUCCUGAUUAGCUCGAGUUGUGACAAAUCUGUGAGAUUUUGGAACUUAAGUGAACAAUAUAUUGGAACCAUUGGAAGUCCAAUGAAGUGGACAAAUUUAUCAGCAAACGAAUUAGUUCCACCAGAUUUUAACUAUCGCAUCCCAUCUGACAUAAGAAAUGCUAUAAGUGAAGCAACAUUGAAGGUUCUUAAUGGAAAAGAUGAUUUGGAAAUUGAGUCUCAGUCUCAAGUCUCAAGUAUCCCAAGAGAAAGUUCAGAACCAAUAACAAGCACCACAGGAAAUCUUCAAUUCCAGGACUUAGUUCAAAAAGCUCUCCAUACAAAAAAUGAAAUGAAGGAAAAAUCCCAGCGGCGAUCGGAAAAACCAACACUUGACAUUUCCUUAGCUUAUGUUUGUUUAUUAAUAUUUAACCUUUGAAUUCCAGUGUAUCGUUAUCUAAAAAUUCACCCAACAGUCGCUAUAAACCUUCCUCAAACCAUC